CCCCAGCCAUGUCCUGCUACGAGCGAUGUCCCCCCGGCUCCUGCGGCCCCACCCCGCUGGCCAACAGCUGCAGCGAGCCCUGCGUGAGGCAGUGCCAGGACUCCACCGUGCUCAUCCAGCCCUCGCCCGUGGUGGUGACCCUGCCCGGGCCCAUCCUGAGCUCCUUCCCCCAGAACACCACCGUGGGCUCCUCGGCCUCGGCCGCCGUGGGCAGCGCCCUGAGCGCCGGGGGGGUUCCCAUCAACUCCGGGGGCUCCCUGGGACUGGGGGCCUUUGGCUACCCCGGGCUGGGCGGUGGCUACAACCGGCCCUCCCGGCGCUCCAGCACCUUCCGCGGGGGCUUCUACGGGCCCUGGUAACGCUCUCCAGGAGGGAAAAGGCGGGAAGGAAUCACCAGGAAUUCCGAGUUACGGCCCAAAGCAGGACUGGGCCCAUGGCCACAGCUUUCACAAGCAGUCCCAGACACCCCCGGCUCCACCCGAAGCAGAGCUGUGGAAAUUGGCCAUUCCCCAAAAUGAGGCCGCUCCUCUCGUUUUGCUCUGUAUUUCCAGCCCAGUCUGUGGCUCUGCUGCUCCUCAGUGCAUUUAGUGCUAGCUGGUGUAAAAGUUUAAUCUGGAGAGGAGGUGGGACUUGAUGCUCGAGGUGCAAUCCUGCAC